AUGGAUGGCAGCCUGACUCCACAAUCAGAUUUUCGGGGAGAUUCAGGCGGUGACAUCUUGGCGUUUCUAUCGCAAAGACUUUUGACGAGAUCGGAGGCAGCGCUUUCUAAGCUUGAUGCAUCCUUUCAGGAGAGAAAGAAAGUAUCUGUCAGCAACAGUACCCUCGUGGAAAAAAGUCAAGACUUGUGUCGAACAUAUCAGCAAUGCAUUUCUCAAUUGAAUUCCCUGUGUAUUGAAGCUCAGCACCUGCGAAACCAGAUCGAGCACCAGCAGCCCUCGAGUCACGAGGGAAGUGAUAUGAUAUUCAUGCAGCUGGUCUGCAGUUUUCAUACCAUUGCUCAAAAAUUGGAUGAUCUCACCACAGUCACCGAAAAUAAUUCUCCAAGGUCUUGCUCUAAUGCCAGUCCGUCGUCAUUUCAGCCCAGGCCAUUAAAAAUCCUUCAACGAAGGCAAGCCUUUACCUCCCCGUCAAACACGUCGCCGACGAAAAAAGCACAUAAAUGUGUUUCUUUGGAAAAGCGAGAGGCUUCAAGUAUAUCUUUAAGAGCAGAUAAACCAGGGGAGAAGAGAAGUGCAUCGCUACCCGGUUCGCCGCCAGGAAUUAGCAACUCAAAUCAACUUAGCAACUCCCCGAUUUUAAGAACUGCAAAAUCGUGUGGAAAUGAUCUCAACAAACGAAAGCUGAAGAGCUCGAAUCACUUGAAUUUUUUCAAGAAUAGACAACGCCUUUCGAUCUCAUUCUUUGAUAAAGAUGACUAUUCCUCAGACGACGAGACGAUGAUAUCUUCAAGCCCAAGAUCUAAUCUUUGUGACCCACCUGAAAAAUUCUACCGGUUGAGAAAAUGUAACUCCCAUGAAAGUUUCCUAAGCACGAAGAAGAAUGGUGCUCUGAAAUACACUUAUCCCAUAAAGCCCAUUACAGACUUGGUAAUGAAACAUCCGUCCAACGCUUCAAUAGAGCUUUCACGCGUGGACCACGACUCGGUUAAGGGCAAUAGGCAAUCGCUCUAUAGAGACCGUAAUGCAAAUUCGCGUUCUAUUCUAGCGAAGUUCGCUCAGGUACAAAAUCAGGGAUCUCGAGAGAGCUGGGCUAGUUACGUAAAAAGGAAAAAGAAGGAGCUUCGUGAAACGUUUUCGGCUUUAAAUACAAACAUGCAGGUGACAGCAGAAACCGGUGAAGCGCGAAACUCCACUUUCAGCCCGCCUAGAGCAACCUUCUUUCGCCACAAGAAUAAACGCUCACAGGCUCUAACUGGAUCUCAUCACACAACUAUAAUGUUGGGGCCAAACGGCUCGAAAUUUGUCACAGGAAACUCGGCACCUCGUAUAAGUGCGUCAUUUUGUUCAAAUGAAUUGAAGGAGGCGAUUGAAACGGACAUACUUUUGUAA